AAACACAAAUUUUAUUUUAGACUGAUAAAACUUUGGUUCAGGGAACACAGACAAAAAUCCUCUGCUGUCAUUUCAGCAUGUACCGUUUGGGCUACGAGGAAAAGCAUUUCAUCUUUCUCUGUAUAACAGAGGCAGUUAAUAUUUUAUCCUAAUUCUCAUUAAAAUGUGUACGUUCAAUAAAUGUCGGCUAUUAAACUGUUGGUGAGAAAGUCUAUUUCUGGAAACCUUUUCAUUAUUUCCUUAAUAAGACUAUUUAUGGUUUUUUUAAGGAAACAGGACAAAACGUAACCACUUAGCAGGUUAAAAGGGUAGCUGGAGUUGCCUUACUUUCAAAGAGCUACCUCAAAAUAACUAGGGUUCAUUUAUCUAAUAUUUUAAGACUUCUAUUAAUAUUGAAACACAAUUUGUAGUUAAAGAGAAAAAUUUAAAUCACCUAAGAAAAUAAUUCAGGGCCUUUAUAGUUUUACAUUAAUAUGCCCUUUAAUAUCCAGAUGUUACUUACCUAAUAAAAUGUACAAUUAGCUGUGAAUUGACAUGAACAAGUAUUUACUGAGCACCGAUUACGCCGAAAGCUCCGUACUUUCUAUGGGGUUUAUAUCAGAGCAAUUCGAGACUCCCCACUACCUCACUUAGUUUAAGCUCAUUUUGCCCUGAGUUUAUCUGGUAGCACUUUAUUUUAGCGGACAAGGAGGGAAGUGGGGAAAGGAAAGGAAUUAUAAAAAUACAAGGUAGACGUGCACAAGAACCUUCGUUCUAUUAUUAUUUAGUAAAGUGAGAACUGGAAACAGCUUAACGUCCAGGGUAAGUUAGUUUCACUCACUCGACGGAAUGUAUGCAGCCGUUAAUGUAUUUCUGCAUUUUCCCAUAUUUCCAGUGAACAGACAGUACUUUCGCAAUUCGGAGUACAAACGAAAAAGGGCGAGAGAAGGUCGCAUUUUGCCUGCCGGAGCUAGGGGCGCGCUUGCCGGUUCCAACGAGUUUUCGGUGUCGGAAAACUUGUCUUUGCUCACAUUCUCGGAUUCCCGCGGCCGCAGAAGCCGGAGGCGGGACGUGAAGCGCAAUGAGCAAGGUAGGCUGUGUCACUGCCGCCACGGGCUCAUUCGCAACGCCAGUCGAGGAGCGCCACGGGCGGCUGAACCCCUCGGCCCGACCCACGCGCCGAGGGCUAGGAUAAUGCGCCUGCGCGGCCGUCACGUGGUGAGGGCUCCGCGCAAAGCGGGUUAAAAGUCACGACCGCGGAGAGCCCGCGAGCGUCCUGCUGGUCGGUGCGGCGCUUUCCGCGUCCUUUAAGACGAGUUUGACCGAGGCCGCUCCGCAGUUCCCGCCCCUCGGCCCAGCUCAGCUCCAUGAACCUAGCGGAGCCGCCUAGUACCCUUUCUCGCCGACCGCACAGGCGCGCGAAACCGCGUCUUUCAACUGACAAUGAAGCCGUAGCCGCGCAGCUCGGCCACUCCGGGCGAAUCGGCGCGAGGCCGGGAUGGGGCGGGGGAGGGGGAGACGGUUGGGUCAAGCUCCGCCCCAGCUCGCGCCCCUAUUGGUGGGCGCAGCGGUUCUGGGCCCGCCCCCUAACGGACCUGUCGCUUUGUGACAGGCGGAGGGGCCAGUUCCUGUCAGGCCGGGGGCGGAGUCAGAGGAUGCUUGAGCUCCGCCCGGACUCCAGGGGGCUCCUCCCCCUGCUCCUCUCGGCUGGGCGGGCGGCGGGCUAGAGAGGGAAUGUCAUUGCUUCUCAGAGCCGUGGUGCCGCCUCCGUCUGCUGCUUCUUCUCUGGCGCCCUCGUCCCGUCGGCUUUCGCCGCCGCCGCCGCAGCUGCACUGGGGAUACGGAUGGCUAGUGGGGCGCCGGGGCCAUCUGGGUUGAGAGAGCGGCGAUCGCGGCCGCUGCUGAGGCGGAGACUCCCCGCCGCCGCUUCCUCCACCCCCAGCCCGCCGGCCUCGCGGCGCUGAGGGCGGGAGCGCGCAGAGCUCUUCCCUCCUCCUCCUUUUUCUUCCUCCUCCUCCUCCUCCUCCGGGUCCCCGCCCAGCACCCCUCGCACCAGGCGGCGGCGGCGGAGGAGGAGAGCUAGACCCGCCGCCGGGGCACAACAUGGCGGAGCCCUCGGCCCCGGAGAGCAAGCACAAGUCGUCCCUCAACUCGUCCCCGUGGAGUGGCCUCAUGGCCCUGGGAAACAGCCGGCACGGCCACCACGGGCCCGGGGCCCAGUGCGCGCACAAGGCGGCGGGCGGCGCGGCGCCGCCGAAGCCGGCCCCGGCGGGGCUGUCCGGGGGGCUGUCGCAGCCGGCUGGGUGGCAGUCGCUUCUCUCCUUCACCAUCCUCUUCCUGGCCUGGCUUGCCGGCUUCAGCUCGCGCCUCUUCGCCGUCAUCCGCUUCGAAAGCAUCAUCCACGAGUUCGACCCGUGGUUUAACUAUAGAUCAACACAUCAUCUUGCAUCUCAUGGGUUCUAUGAAUUUUUAAAUUGGUUUGAUGAAAGAGCAUGGUAUCCACUAGGAAGAAUAGUAGGUGGUACUGUUUACCCAGGGUUGAUGAUAACCGCUGGCCUUAUUCAUUGGAUUUUAAAUACAUUGAACAUAACAGUUCACAUAAGAGACGUAUGUGUGUUCCUUGCACCAACUUUUAGCGGCCUUACAUCUAUAUCUACUUUCCUGCUUACAAGAGAACUUUGGAACCAAGGAGCAGGACUUUUAGCUGCUUGUUUUAUUGCUAUUGUACCAGGCUACAUAUCUCGGUCAGUAGCUGGAUCCUUUGAUAAUGAAGGCAUUGCUAUUUUUGCACUUCAGUUCACAUACUAUUUAUGGGUAAAAUCUGUAAAAACUGGGUCAGUUUUUUGGACAAUGUGCUGCUGCUUAUCCUAUUUCUAUAUGGUCUCUGCUUGGGGUGGUUAUGUAUUUAUCAUCAAUCUUAUUCCACUGCAUGUAUUUGUGUUGUUACUGAUGCAGAGAUACAGCAAAAGAGUCUACAUAGCAUAUAGCACUUUCUACAUUGUGGGUUUAAUAUUAUCAAUGCAGAUACCUUUUGUGGGAUUCCAGCCAAUCAGAACAAGUGAACACAUGGCAGCUGCAGGUGUCUUUGCAUUGCUGCAAGCUUAUGCUUUCUUGCAGUAUCUGAGAGACCGAUUAACAAAACAAGAGUUCCAGACCCUUUUCUUUUUGGGUGUAUCACUAGCUGCAGGUGCUGUGUUCCUUAGUGUCAUCUAUUUGACUUAUACAGGUUACAUUGCACCAUGGAGUGGCAGGUUUUACUCAUUGUGGGAUACUGGGUAUGCAAAAAUACACAUUCCAAUUAUUGCAUCAGUGUCUGAGCAUCAACCUACGACUUGGGUGUCUUUCUUCUUUGAUCUACAUAUUCUUGUAUGUACCUUCCCAGCAGGCCUUUGGUUCUGCAUCAAAAAUAUCAACGAUGAAAGAGUAUUUGUUGCUCUAUAUGCAAUCAGUGCUGUCUACUUUGCUGGAGUGAUGGUGCGACUGAUGUUGACUUUGACUCCAGUCGUGUGUAUGCUGUCUGCAAUUGCCUUUUCAAAUGUUUUUGAGCACUAUUUGGGGGAUGACAUGAAAAGGGAAAAUCCACCUGUGGAGGACAGCAGUGAUGAGGAUGACAAAAGAAACCAAGGAAAUUUGUAUGAUAAGGCAGGUAAAGUGAGGAAACAUGCAACUGAACAGGAAAAAACUGAAGAGGGAUUAGGCCCUAAUAUAAAAAGCAUUGUCACCAUGUUGAUGCUGAUGCUAUUGAUGAUGUUUGCUGUCCACUGUACCUGGGUCACAAGCAAUGCCUACUCUAGUCCAAGUGUAGUCCUGGCCUCAUACAAUCAUGAUGGCACCAGGAAUAUCUUAGAUGAUUUUAGAGAAGCUUACUUUUGGCUAAGGCAAAAUACAGAUGAACAUGCACGAGUAAUGUCUUGGUGGGAUUAUGGCUAUCAGAUAGCUGGAAUGGCUAAUAGAACUACGUUGGUGGAUAAUAACACCUGGAAUAACAGCCACAUAGCACUGGUGGGAAAAGCUAUGUCUUCUAAUGAAACAGCAGCCUAUAAAAUCAUGAGGACUCUAGAUGUAGAUUAUGUUUUGGUUAUUUUUGGAGGGGUUAUUGGCUAUUCUGGUGAUGAUAUCAACAAAUUUCUCUGGAUGGUUAGGAUAGCUGAAGGAGAACAUCCCAAAGACAUUCGGGAAAGUGACUAUUUUACCCCACAGGGAGAAUUCCGUGUAGACAAAGCAGGAUCCCCUACUUUGUUGAAUUGCCUUAUGUAUAAAAUGUCAUACUACAGAUUUGGAGAAAUGCAGCUGGAUUUUCGUACACCCCCAGGUUUUGACCGAACACGUAAUGCUGAGAUUGGAAAUAAGGACAUUAAAUUCAAACAUUUGGAAGAAGCCUUUACAUCAGAACACUGGCUUGUUAGGAUAUAUAAAGUAAAAGCACCUGAUAACAGGGAGACAUUAGAUCACAAACCUCGAGUCACCAACAUUUUCCCAAAACAGAAGUAUUUGUCAAAGAAGACUACCAAAAGGAAGCGUGGCUACAUUAAAAAUAAGCUGGUUUUUAAGAAAGGCAAGAAAAUAUCUAAGAAGACUGUUUAAAUGCACUGUUCUGGUUCCUAACUUGAAGCAGUUGUCCUUGUGAGAACCGGUCUUUGCCUUUAGCUCAUGUCGUGUUUCACAGCAAAGAGGGUACAGAACCAUCACUGGUCCAGGUUAAUGUACAAAAUUUUCUGGCAAUGCCUGAUUAAAAAAAUAAAAUUGGCUUGUUGAGAACAGCUGUUUUCGAUUUCUAAUGUGAAGCAAGACAGAGCACUGCUGUAAAUGUCUAGCAGCAGAUUUUUUUUUUAUUGGUACAUAUUAUCCUUCAAAUCUGAGAAUUUGGACUAACUGCACCAAAGAACCCUCUAAUUUGGUCCCUGGCACAUGCAUACUUGUCAAUGUUUUUAUUCUUUUACAAGACCUGCAUUUUAUUUGAAUUACCCGAAUAGCAAUAUGUAAAAUACAAGUGACAAAAUGUGAUGAGAGCUUCUUGAACCGGUAAACUAGUACAGGUCUGAGAAAGACAUAUUAGAAAAAUCAUUAUACUUCCUUGAAUUAUAUUUAUUUUCAUGUUUCUCUUAUGCAAAGAAUGUUUCAUCAAAUGUAUAUUUUCUAUUGCUUACUGUUUGCUCUGAGAAGAAGCUGCUGUUUCAAAGAUGGACCUCUGAGUAGCUAAUUGAUUCAAGUAGUUUUUUUAUGUUGACACAUUAUUACUGCUGUUAGCAGUCGUUUUCACCAGGUACUUACAGAGCAGAUUUCAUACAUCAUUCAUUCAAGGGCUAAAUUUAUAUUUUUUGGAAAUCAUGGCAACUACACAGGAUGUUGCUUACCAGGACGGAGUUUUGGUAUCUUAGUACUGAAGUUAGCACUAUGUUUACAUGCAAAAGAUUAAGGAAAAAACCCUUAAAGUGGACAGGUAUCCAAAGUUCAUUUGCUGUGACUCAUCAAAGUGAUAAAAGACUUCUAACAACUUUGCCUGGACUUUUUUCAUUUUACAACAGUUCAUCCAUUCACAAUGAUUUUGUUCUCUGCUCCAUAUUUUUUAAUCCCUUAAGCAUUUGAUGAAACACUCUUUAGUGCUAUAUGCAUUUUCUUACUUUUGUUAAAAAUGUGACAAUUGUCAAAAAAUGCACUAAAAUGUAAAUGGAGAUUGAACAAGUUCACUUUCCAGCUUAUAGGCAACUUUAUACAGACUUGAACAUUUUCUCCAGUUGUUUAGUAAAAGUGAAAGAGAAAGGGUUUUUCCUGCCACAGGAUAUAACUUUUUUUUAUAUAACAAGCAUAACACACCACUGCUUUUGGUGGAAAAGUGCAGAAUAGUAUGUACCUUUUAUGAAGAAAAAUGUAAUUUACAAUGUUCAGUGAGAAUGUUACUGCUGAUUUUCUUUUCCAAGGUGUAGAAUAUUCUUUGAUUUAUAGAAUUCAUUUUUGACCCAGAUGAUGGUUCCUUUACAGAACAAUAAAAUGGCUGAACAUUUUCACAAAUAGAGUGUAACGAAGUCUGGAUUUCUGAUACCUUGUCAUUCGGGGGAUUUUAUUUUACUUUGUUGCUUUAAAAUUCAGUGCAGAGAAGUUGUUGACUGUAGGGGAAAUAAAGUUAAUUCAAAUUUUG